AUGUUCAAUAAAAUUUUUCAGUCUGAAUCCUCCAUAGAUGGUGGUCGUCAGAGUAAAGACGUGUGGAAACAAACUACACUCAUAGAUAUGUUUAAAAGAAGUUCAAGCUAUGAAGCAGGGGGUCAAAAAACUAGCCAAAUAAAUCAAGCUUUGAUCUACAUGAUCUGCAAAGACAACAUGCCUCUAUCUUGUGUAGAAAAACCUGGAUUGAAAAGAUUUAUGAGUGUCGUUUGUCCACGCUAUAAGGUUCCAUCUCGAACUACUAUAAUUGGCUUCAUGGAACAACGAUAUGCCACUACCAAAGCCAUUUUAAAACAAAAAUUAAGUGAGAAAAAUAAUAUUGCUUUAACAAGUGACAUAUUAACUCUUACCAACUCGACACGAAGUUUCAUCGUAGUGACAGCGCAUUUCCUUAACACUGCAGACAACUGCACUCCUGAGCAUGAGAUGGUGACACUGACAGCACGGAGAAUGUAUCAGGCACACACAGCUGAUUAUAUAAAAGAAUGCUUUGAAAAUAUUACCGAAGAGUUCACAAUACAAAAACAAAGAAAGAGGGAGAAGUGUUAA